CAAACACUAUCGUAGCCCAGUUCGUGUUCGUAACAGCGACAAACUCCAAGCAGUUGGAAAAUUUUCUUCGUACUUUCCGAAACAACAAAGCGAUAAGUCGUCAGCCGACAACAUGUCCGCCUAUAAGAUGGAGACCGCUCCCUUUGAUCCACGUUUCCCCAACCAGAACGUGACGCGCUAUUGCUAUCAAUCCUACAUUGAUUUCCAUCGUUGCCAGAAGAAGCGCGGCGAGAACUUUGCGCCCUGCAACUACUUCCAGAAGGUCUACAAGACGAUGUGCCCCAAUGCCUGGGUUGAGAAGUGGGACGAUCAGCGCGAGAGCGGCACAUUCCCGGGCCGCAUCUAAGCAGCCUGCCCUUCUCGUCAACCAUUCAAUACAAAUAGCAACAACAACAACAGCAACAACACCAACUCCACAAUACCAAACAGCAACAACAUCAGCAAGCGCAAGCAGCAAAUAAUGCACUACAAAUAGUUAAUACCGUAUAGGGGAGGCUACACCAAUUGCAACCAAUUGAAAUGAAAAAGAAUAGCAACAAAUAUAAAUAAAUACUUGUUACAAA